AUGAUACUAUUUAUUAUUAACAGACUUAGCGGCCGCGACGUCGCUAGGUAUAUUAAGAUUAUGCCCCGUGGUCGUCGGUCCACUGUGCGUGUUGUACUAGCGGGUGUCGACAGUACUCCGCGGAAUUCUCCAGCGAGUGCGGGUCAGCUCUAUAAAUACAGUGGACGUGUUCCGACCAGCUCGUGCGGCGCGGUGCGGCCGGUGUCGGGAGCGAGCGAGCCGGGAGUGAGGCGAGGCGCUCCACCCGCCACCCGCCGCCCGCUGGCCGCGAGCCAGCCGCCGGCCUUUCACGUGUUCCUCCACCCCUCACAGCCUAUCCUCCACGACCCCUUCUUCAACUCCUAA